AUGCCCCUCAUCCCUUUCACGACUCGCACCACCCUUCCUCCUCCCCACAUUCCCCACUCGCACGCCAUCUUCUACCCCGCCUGCCCUCCCUCCUGCCAUGGCACAUGCGCGCAAUGCUGCCAGGGCAUGCUCUCUAGGAGCCAUCCACCAGCGCACACAACCGGCAGCCGCAUCCGGGCAUGCCACCAAGCAGCACUCCUGCUGGUCCGCACUGGCGCCGCAGCCCCCCGUGCUGCUGCUCCCAGUGGUAAUACCUUCACCUUUAUGCACAACUCCCCAUUACUCUCAGCAGCCCCAGUAGCUGCUGCUGCUGCCGCUGCUGGUUCCUCUGCUGCCGCGUCUCCCACUCCGCUCACCGCCUGUCCCGCCGCGGGUGUGGUGCAGAGCGCGGGAGGAAGGAGCCCGGAAGGAGAGCGUCCAGGCAGUGAUGGUGGGGUGGUGGGUGGCGUGCGAGCACACUGUCAGGUGCGGACAGAGCCGUGCCUGGUGGACGGGGCAGGGGAGUGGGCGGAGGAGCGGCAUGGGGAGCAGAGUGAGGGGCAGGAGCGGCAUGGGGAGCAGAGUGAGGGGCAGGAGCGGCAUGGGGAGCAGAGUGAGGGGCAGGAGCGGCAUGGGGAGCAGAGUGAGGGGCAGGAGCGGCAUGGGGAGCAGAGUGAGGGGCAGGAGCGGCAUGGGGAGCAGAGUGAGGGGCAGGAGCGGCAUGGGGAGCAGAGUGAGGGGCAGGAGCGGCAUGGGGAGCAGAGUGAGGGGCAGGAGCGGCAUGGGGAGCAGAGUGAGGGGCAGGAGCGGCAUGGGGAGCAGAGUGAGGGGCAGGAGCGGCAUGGGGAGCAGAGUGAGGGGCAGGAGCGGCAUGGGGAGCAGAGUGAGGGGCAGGAGCGGCAUGGGGAGCAGAGUGAGGGGCAGGAGCGGCAUGGGGAGCAGAGUGAGGGGCAGGAGCGGCAUGGGGAGCAGAGUGAGGGGCAGGAGCGGCAUGGGGAGCAGAGUGAGGGGCAGGAGCGGCAUGGGGAGCAGAGUGAGGGGCAGGAGCGGCAUGGGGAGCAGAGUGAGGGGCAGGAGCGGCAUGGGGAGCAGAGUGAGGGGCAGGAGCGGCAUGGGGAGCAGAGUGAGGGGCAGGAGCGGCAUGGGGAGCAGAGUGAGGGGCAGGAGCGGCAUGGGGAGCAGAGUGAGGGGCAGGAGCGGCAUGGGGAGCAGAGUGAGGGGCAGGAGCGGCAUGGGGAGCAGAGUGAGGGGCAGGAGCGGCAUGGGGAGCAGAGUGAGGGGCAGGAGCGGCAUGGGGAGCAGAGUGAGGGGCAGGAGCGGCAUGGGGAGCAGAGUGAGGGGCAGGAGCGGCAUGGGGAGCAGAGUGAGGGGCAGGAGCGGCAUGGGGAGCAGAGUGAGGGGCAGGAGCGGCAUGGGGAGCAGAGUGAGGGGCAGGAGCGGCAUGGGGAGCAGAGUGAGGGGCAGGAGCGGCAUGGGGAGCAGAGUGAGGGGCAGGAGCGGCAUGGGGAGCAGAGUGAGGGGCAGGAGCGGCAUGGGGAGCAGAGUGAGGGGCAGGAGCGGCAUGGGGAGCAGAGUGAGGGGCAGGAGCGGCAUGGGGAGCAGAGUGAGGGGCAGGAGCGGCAUGGGGAGCAGAGUGAGGGGCAGGAGCGGCAUGGGGAGCAGAGUGAGGGGCAGGAGCGGCAUGGGGAGCAGAGUGAGGGGCAGGAGCGGCAUGGGGAGCAGAGUGAGGGGCAGGAGCGGCAUGGGGAGCAGAGUGAGGGGCAGGAGCGGCAUGGGGAGCAGAGUGAGGGGCAGGAGCGGCAUGGGGAGCAGAUGAGGGGGCAGGAGCGGCAUGGGGAGCAGAGUGAGGGGCAGGAGCGGCAUGGGGAGCAGAGUGAGGGGCAGGAGCGGCAUGGGGAGCAGAGUGAGGGGCAGGAGCGGCAUGGGGAGCAGAGUGAGGGGCAGGAGCGGCAUGGGGAGCAGAGUGAGGGGCAGGAGCGGCAUGGGGAGCAGAGUGAGGGGCAGGAGCGGCAUGGGGAGCAGAGUGAGGGGCAGGAGCGGCAUGGGGAGCAGAGUGAGGGGCAGGAGCGGCAUGGGGAGCAGAGUGAGGGGCAGGAGCGGCAUGGGGAGCAGAGUGAGGGGCAGGAGCGGCAUGGGGAGCAGAGUGAGGGGCAGGAGCGGCAUGGGGAGCAGAGUGAGGGGCAGGAGCGGCAUGGGGAGCAGAGUGAGGGGCAGGAGCGGCAUGGGGAGCAGAGUGAGGGGCAGGAGCGGCAUGGGGAGCAGAGUGAGGGGCAGGAGCGGCAUGGGGAGCAGAGUGAGGGGCAGGAGCGGCAUGGGGAGCAGAGUGAGGGGCAGGAGCGGCAUGGGGAGCAGAGUGAGGGGCAGGAGCGGCAUGGGGAGCAGAGUGAGGGGCAGGAGCGGCAUGGGGAGCAGAGUGAGGGGCAGGAGCGGCAUGGGGAGCAGAGUGAGGGGCAGGAGCGGCAUGGGGAGCAGAGUGAGGGGCAGGAGCGGCAUGGGGAGCAGAGUGAGGGGCAGGAGCGGCAUGGGGAGCAGAGUGAGGGGCAGGAGCGGCAUGGGGAGCAGAGUGAGGGGCAGGAGCGGCAUGGGGAGCAGAGUGAGGGGCAGGAGCGGCAUGGGGAGCAGAGUGAGGGGCAGGAGCGGCAUGGGGAGCAGAGUGAGGGGCAGGAGCGGCAUGGGGAGCAGAGUGAGGGGCAGGAGCGGCAUGGGGAGCAGAGAGCGGCAUGGGAGCAGAGUGAGGGGCAGGAGCGGCAUGGGGAGCAGAGUGAGGGGCAGGAGCGGCAUGGGGAGCAGAGUGAGGGGCAGGAGCGGCAUGGGGAGCAGAGUGAGGGGCAGGAGCGGCAUGGGGAGCAGAGUGAGGGGCAGGAGCGGCAUGGGGAGCAGAGUGAGGGGCAGGAGCGGCAUGGGGAGCAGAGUGAGGGGCAGGAGCGGCAUGGGGAGCAGAGUGAGGGGCAGGAGCGGCAUGGGGAGCAGAGUGAGGGGCAGGAGCGGCAUGGGGAGCAGAGUGAGGGGCAGGAGCGGCAUGGGGAGCAGAGUGAGGGGCAGGAGCGGCAUGGGGAGCAGAGUGAGGGGCAGGAGCGGCAUGGGGAGCAGAGUGAGGGGCAGGAGCGGCAUGGGGAGCAGAGUGAGGGGCAGGAGCGGCAUGGGGAGCAGAGUGAGGGGCAGGAGCGGCAUGGGGAGCAGAGUGAGGGGCAGGAGCGGCAUGGGGAGCAGAGUGAGGGGCAGGAGCGGCAUGGGGAGCAGAGUGAGGGGCAGGAGCGGCAUGGGGAGCAGAGUGAGGGGCAGGAGCGGCAUGGGGAGCAGAGUGAGGGGCAGGAGCGGCAUGGGGAGCAGAGUGAGGGGCAGGAGCGGCAUGGGGAGCAGAGUGAGGGGCAGGAGCGGCAUGGGGAGCAGAGUGAGGGGCAGGAGCGGCAUGGGGAGCAGAGUGAGGGGCAGGAGCGGCAUGGGGAGCAGAGUGAGGGGCAGGAGCGGCAUGGGGAGCAGAGUGAGGGGCAGGAGCGGCAUGGGGAGCAGAGUGAGGGGCAGGAGCGGCAUGGGGAGCAGAGUGAGGGGCAGGAGCGGCAUGGGGAGCAGAGUGAGGGGCAGGAGCGGCAUGGGGAGCAGAGUGAGGGGCAGGAGCGGCAUGGGGAGCAGAGUGAGGGGCAGGAGCGGCAUGGGGAGCAGAGUGAGGGGCAGGAGCGGCAUGGGGAGCAGAGUGAGGGGCAGGAGCGGCAUGGGGAGCAGAGUGAGGGGCAGGAGCGGCAUGGGGAGCAGAGUGAGGGGCAGGAGCGGCAUGGGGAGCAGAGUGAGGGGCAGGAGCGGCAUGGGGAGCAGAGUGAGGGGCAGGAGCGGCAUGGGGAGCAGAGUGAGGGGCAGGAGCGGCAUGGGGAGCAGAGUGAGGGGCAGGAGCGGCAUGGGGAGCAGAGUGAGGGGCAGGAGCGGCAUGGGGAGCAGAGUGAGGGGCAGGAGCGGCAUGGGGAGCAGAGUGAGGGGCAGGAGCGGCAUGGGGAGCAGAGUGAGGGGCAGGAGCGGCAUGGGGAGCAGAGUGAGGGGCAGGAGCGGCAUGGGGAGCAGAGUGAGGGGCAGGAGCGGCAUGGGGAGCAGAGUGAGGGGCAGGAGCGGCAUGGGGAGCAGAGUGAGGGGCAGGAGCGGCAUGGGGAGCAGAGUGAGGGGCAGGAGCGGCAUGGGGAGCAGAGUGAGGGGCAGGAGCGGCAUGGGGAGCAGAGUGAGGGGCAGGAGCGGCAUGGGGAGCAGAGUGAGGGGCAGGAGCGGCAUGGGGAGCAGAGUGAGGGGCAGGAGCGGCAUGGGGAGCAGAGUGAGGGGCAGGAGCGGCAUGGGGAGCAGAGUGAGGGGCAGGAGCGGCAUGGGGAGCAGAGUGAGGGGCAGGAGCGGCAUGGGGAGCAGAGUGAGGGGCAGGAGCGGCAUGGGGAGCAGAGUGAGGGGCAGGAGCGGCAUGGGGAGCAGAGUGAGGGGCAGGAGCGGCAUGGGGAGCAGAGUGAGGGGCAGGAGCGGCAUGGGGAGCAGAGUGAGGGGCAGGAGCGGCAUGGGGAGCAGAGUGAGGGGCAGGAGCGGCAUGGGGAGCAGAGUGAGGGGCAGGAGCGGCAUGGGGAGCAGAGUGAGGGGCAGGAGCGGCAUGGGGAGCAGAGUGAGGGGCAGGAGCGGCAUGGGGAGCAGAGUGAGGGGCAGGAGCGGCAUGGGGAGCAGAGUGAGGGGCAGGAGCGGCAUGGGGAGCAGAGUGAGGGGCAGGAGCGGCAUGGGGAGCAGAGUGAGGGGCAGGAGCGGCAUGGGGAGCAGAGUGAGGGGCAGGAGCGGCAUGGGGAGCAGAGUGAGGGGCAGGAGCGGCAUGGGGAGCAGAGUGAGGGGCAGGAGCGGCAUGGGGAGCAGAGUGAGGGGCAGGAGCGGCAUGGGGAGCAGAGUGAGGGGCAGGAGCGGCAUGGGGAGCAGAGUGAGGGGCAGGAGCGGCAUGGGGAGCAGAGUGAGGGGCAGGAGCGGCAUGGGGAGCAGAGUGAGGGGCAGGAGCGGCAUGGGGAGCAGAGUGAGGGGCAGGAGCGGCAUGGGGAGCAGAGUGAGGGGCAGGAGCGGCAUGGGGAGCAGAGUGAGGGGCAGGAGCGGCAUGGGGAGCAGAGUGAGGGGCAGGAGCGGCAUGGGGAGCAGAGUGAGGGGCAGGAGCGGCAUGGGGAGCAGAGUGAGGGGCAGGAGCGGCAUGGGGAGCAGAGUGAGGGGCAGGAGCGGCAUGGGGAGCAGAGUGAGGGGCAGGAGCGGCAUGGGGAGCAGAGUGAGGGGCAGGAGCGGCAUGGGGAGCAGAGUGAGGGGCAGGAGCGGCAUGGGGAGCAGAGUGAGGGGCAGGAGCGGCAUGGGGAGCAGAGUGAGGGGCAGGAGCGGCAUGGGGAGCAGAGUGAGGGGCAGGAGCGGCAUGGGGAGCAGAGUGAGGGGCAGGAGCGGCAUGGGGAGCAGAGUGAGGGGCAGGAGCGGCAUGGGGAGCAGAGUGAGGGGCAGGAGCGGCAUGGGGAGCAGAGUGAGGGGCAGGAGCGGCAUGGGGAGCAGAGUGAGGGGCAGGAGCGGCAUGGGGAGCAGAGUGAGGGGCAGGAGCGGCAUGGGGAGCAGAGUGAGGGGCAGGAGCGGCAUGGGGAGCAGAGUGAGGGGCAGGAGCGGCAUGGGGAGCAGAGUGAGGGGCAGGAGCGGCAUGGGGAGCAGAGUGAGGGGCAGGAGCGGCAUGGGGAGCAGAGUGGAGAGCGGCAUGGGGAGCAGAGUGAGGGGCAGGAGCGGCAUGGGGAGCAGAGUGAGGGGCAGGAGCGGCAUGGGGAGCAGAGUGAGGGGCAGGAGCGGCAUGGGGAGCAGAGUGAGGGGCAGGAGCGGCAUGGGGAGCAGAGUGAGGGGCAGGAGCGGCAUGGGGAGCAGAGUGAGGGGCAGGAGCGGCAUGGGGAGCAGAGUGAGGGGCAGGAGCGGCAUGGGGAGCAGAGUGAGGGGCAGGAGCGGCAUGGGGAGCAGAGUGAGGGGCAGGAGCGGCAUGGGGAGCAGAGUGAGGGGCAGGAGCGGCAUGGGGAGCAGAGUGAGGGGCAGGAGCGGCAUGGGGAGCAGAGUGAGGGGCAGGAGCGGCAUGGGGAGCAGAGUGAGGGGCAGGAGCGGCAUGGGGAGCAGAGUGAGGGGCAGGAGCGGCAUGGGGAGCAGAGUGAGGGGCAGGAGCGGCAUGGGGAGCAGAGUGAGGGGCAGGAGCGGCAUGGGGAGCAGAGUGAGGGGCAGGAGCGGCAUGGGGAGCAGAGUGAGGGGCAGGAGCGGCAUGGGGAGCAGAGUGAGGGGCAGGAGCGGCAUGGGGAGCAGAGUGAGGGGCAGGAGCGGCAUGGGGAGCAGAGUGAGGGGCAGGAGCGGCAUGGGGAGCAGAGUGAGGGGCAGGAGCGGCAUGGGGAGCAGAGUGAGGGGCAGGAGCGGCAUGGGGAGCAGAGUGAGGGGCAGGAGCGGCAUGGGGAGCAGAGUGAGGGGCAGGAGCGGCAUGGGGAGCAGAGUGAGGGGCAGGAGCGGCAUGGGGAGCAGAGUGAGGGGCAGGAGUGGCAUGGGGAGCAGAAUGAGGGGCAGGAGCGGCAUGGGGAGCAGAGUGAGGGGCAGGAGCGGCAUGGGGAGCAGAGUGAGGGGCAGGAGCGGCAUGGGGAGCAGAGUGAGGGGCAGGAGCGGCAUGGGGAGCAGAGUGAGGGGCAGGAGUGGCAUGGGGAGCAGAGUGAGGGGCAGGAGCGGCAUGGGGAGCAGAGUGAGGGGCAGGAGCGGCAUGGGGAGCAGAGUGAGGGGCAGGAGUGGCAUGGGGAGCAGAGUGAGGGGCAGGAGUGGCAUGGGGAGCAGAGUGAGGGGCAGGAGCGGCAUGGGGAGCAGAGUGAGGGGCAGGAGCGGCAUGGGGAGCAGAGUGAGGGGCAGGAGCGGCAUGGGGAGCAGAGUGAGGGGCAGGAGCGGCAUGGGGAGCAGAGUGAGGGGCAGGAGCGGCAUGGGGAGCAGAGUGAGGGGCAGGAGUGGCAUGGGGAGCAGAGUGAGGGGCAGGAGCGGCAUGGGGAGCAGAGUGAGGGGCAGGAGCGGCAUGGGGAGCAGAGUGAGGGGCAGGAGUGGCAUGGGGAGCAGAGUGAGGGGCAGGAGUGGCAUGGGGAGCAGAGUGAGGGGCAUGAGGGGCAGGAGCGGCAUGGGGAGCAGAGUGAGGGGCAGGAGCGGCAUGGGGAGCAGAGUGAGGGGCAGGAGUGGCAUGGGGAGCAGAGUGAGGGGCAGGAGCGGCAUGGGGAGCAGAGUGAGGGGCAGGAGCGGCAUGGGGAGCAGAGUGAGGGGCAGGAGUGGCAUGGGGAGCAGAGUGAGGGGCAGGAGUGGCAUGGGGAGCAGAGUGAGGGGCAGGAGCGGCAUGGGGAGCAGAGUGAGGGGCAGGAGCGGCAUGGGGAGCAGAGUGAGGGGCAGGAGCGGCAUGGGGAGCAGAGUGAGGGGCAGGAGCGGCAUGGGGAGCAGAGUGAGGGGCAGGAGCGGCAUGGGGAGCAGAGUGAGGGGCAGGAGCGGCAUGGGGAGCAGAGUGAGGGGCAGGAGCGGCAUGGGGAGCAGAGUGAGGGGCAGGAGCGGCAUGGGGAGCAGAGUGAGGGGCAGGAGCGGCAUGGGGAGCAGAGUGAGGGGCAGGAGCGGCAUGGGGAGCAGAGUGAGGGGCAGGAGCGGCAUGGGGAGCAGAGUGAGGGGCAGGAGUGGGCACAGGGUGAGGUGAGAGGGGGAGUGAUGAGCAGUGGGUAG